AUGGCUGCGUUAGUUAUGGAAAGGGUUUCGCAACUGUCGGGAAGACUUUGUGACAGUGUUAGUACUGUUAACGGGAUGUCAAUGUUUGGGCAGAAUUUAGAAACACUAGCGGAAUUGUUGAAUUAUGUCGGGAUUAAUAUAUUAGUUUAUAAUUUGGAAAAGAAAAUGAGACGGAUUGGCCCGAUCGUUUUAGAAAAUGAUUCAUUACACCAAACAAAUUUGGAAAUAUCCCAGACUGAACUAAAAACGAAACGAAAUACUAUCAGUGUUACGUUAAACGCGAAUAACGAUUUUGCAGCAAAAUCGCGUGACGUAUCAAUUCCUGUAAUGCUUGUAUUUUGCGAGUAUAAAAGCAUUAAAGAUCUUGCCACAGAGUGUAAUAUAUCUGUAAUUCACACCGAGCAGUUUCUUGAAGGCUACCAAAUUUAUAUUGUAGAGCAAUGGGUUUCAGAUAGAAAAAAGCCAUAUAACACUGUGACUAUAUUUACUGGGGAUGCUAAGGUUUAUAUCAUAAACCUUGAAAAGGAGAAAUUGCAGCCAUACCCCAAAAAAUUACAACAACUAUUUGAUAGUUUAGAGCAGGACAACACCAGACCUAAAGACACUGCGCUUGGUACAAUCAUGGUCACAAAUCUUAGCACAUUGCCAUCGUCACUUAAUAUGGUGCUUGUACCUGAUGGAGAUUAUGAAUCGAAUAUUAACCAUUUUUAUAUAAAUCUUAAUCUGAGAAAAGUGGGCUGUAGUCAUAGGAGGGCACUCAGUUUAGAACCGUCAUCUGAGGCACAACAAGAAAAAUUCAUUCAGAUUUAUAAUAUUUCAACUCAUAUUGGGUUCGAAUACGCAGUUUUUGAAUUGAUCAAAUUGGUUCAAACGGCUUUAUAUCUGUUUGGCCUUUUCCCAUCUUACUAUAUUGAUGGUCUCUUAUGCGACACUACCCUAGAUGCUCUGCUAACCUUUCACAGUAAAUUCGCUUCCUCGGAUAUUGAGUUACGGAAAAAUUCACUAGAUAAUAAUAAUUUUCUUGAUCGGAGUCUGGUCGCGGUACUUUUGAGCAAGGUGAUGAGCAUACGUAAUAAACUAAGUUCCCUAGGUUAUCAGGUCGGAAAAGACCCUUUUACGGAUCCAGAAGUUUUUCUGAGUGGCGUUGCUUCCUUUCAGAAAAGUGCAAAAAUAAACGCGACUCGAUUUAUAGACCAGUACACGGUUGAAAAGAUUAAUCAAUAUAAGGUAUUUAAGAAAUCUAAAAUGGAAGACUUAUCGAAUAAAGUUCUUAAAGCAAAAACUGAGGAUAUUGCUACAUGUGGUUCGGCCAUGAACGAUGUUGUCACGGACCUUGAUUACUUUACUAAAAAUGUGCCCUCAGGCCGACUUAAAUAUCUAUGGAAAGGUAAAGGAAAACAUAAUCAAAACGAAGUUGAAACGGAUUGGCUUUUUGGUGGAAGAGAAUUUGGAAAAAGUUUCUUGCGUAAUGUUACUUAUAAAACGGCAAAAACAGGAGAGGUGUUCCGUGGUUUCAAGGAAGGAGUUACUGGCCUGGCACAUAGAAAACUAACUAAAGACAUGUUCAGAGAAUUGGAAUUUCCAGGACAAUCGUUAAUAUUUCGUAACAUAGGUUUUCGCGACAAUGACAUUUCUUGUAACAUGGGAUUCCCUCCACUCGAUUUCGAAUCUGCAGUUCAUACAUCUGCUCAAUUUGCCAGUUCAUCAUCUUCUCUAUAUAAUAAACUGUAUGAAACAGAAAUAUCUCAAAAUGAUCAACGGCUUCGACGAUCUCGCUCUUUCAGCUCUUUUGAAACCUUCGAAGCGACACGAUUGUAUCCUGAUAAGGUUGCUGCUUUACCAAAGAGGUCAAAUUCGCUGCCUUCUAUUGAUAUAUACUAUCCGGAAAUAAUUCCAAGGGUUCCUUUAAAAAUUGACAUGCAAACAAAUUUAUUAUACGACACUCUGAAACAGCGGAAAGCCUCCCUUUCAGAAUUAACACAGAAGCUAGAGGACACGUCCAACAAGUAUGCAGAACAAAUUGAACAGUUCUCCCAAGCAUAUCAAAAACGGGAUUCCGAAUAUAAGACCGCACAAAACAAUGCAUUAGAGGUGUUUUCGAAACAACAGUCAGUCGGCAAAAUGAUAAAGCAGAUCGAAAACAAUAGUGCAAAGCUGAAUUAUGAAUUGGCUGUGUUGGAGGAUAAACUUCAGGAAAUAGAAGAAUUUGUUGAUACUUUUUGCUUGAAGGUUCAAUUUCUAGAAUUGCAAAUGCCUCAACCUUCACGCUUUGUUCAAAUCGUGUCGCAAUUUUGUGAUUAUUUCCAAACUCGGUGGAAUAAUAUCCUAGCACCAAGUCUCACUAAUUCUAUUGACGAUGAUGGUUAA